AUCUAGUAUUUCUCUUUUCUCCAAUGUAAUCUUGUUAAUAAAAAUAAUUGAAAGAAAUUUUACAUCAAUAGUUGGUAUAAAAAUCAUUUUUCUGAAAAGUAAAGAAAUUCGAAUAAAAUUUGCAAAUAUGGCGCAGCACCCUAUCCAACACUCGGAGGUUAGAGUACCAAGAAAUUUUAAACUAUUGGAAGAAUUAGAAGCUGGAGAAAAGGGUGCUGGAGAUGGAAUUAUAAGUUGGGGACUUACCGAUGAUUCGGACAACACAUUAACACAUUGGCGGGGGACAAUUUUAGGUCCACCUAAGACUCCAUUUGAAGGCAAAAUUUAUUGCUUACUUAUCACUUGUGGAGAGAGGUACCCAGAGGAGAGGCCUAAAAUAAAGUUUGAAACUAAAAUAAAAAUGACCUGUGUUACAGACAAGGGAGAGGUAGACUAUAAUCUGCUAAAGGAAUUGAGAGGUUGGGGUGGUGACAAGAGUUCAAUAAAGCAGCUGCUCACAAGCAUAAGGAAAGCCAUGGAGUUAAAGGAAAAUACUAAAUUAAGUCAACCUCCAGAAGGCACAACAUUUUCUUAGAUACCUACAAAACAACCAUUUAUACAAACUCUAGACUGAAAAAAAAGAUUGUUUCUGAAAGUUUGUCUUGUAAAUUGAGACUGUCGUAAUACAUUUAGAUAACUUUCCUGCUUUUUCAUUUGCAAUGUUAAAGACUGAAUGUACUCUCAGAGUAUGUUGUUGAAGCAAUGUUAUGCUGGAAGUUACACCAACUUUUAAUGUAUAUCACUGUCUCUAUGUCAUUUCCAGUAUAUUUUCUAAAACGUACAUUACAUUUAAAAAAAAGAAAGGACCUUAUCUUCUCACUGAGUAUUCAACAGUAAUAAACAGUGAGGUUUAGAAUUUUGAUUUUGUAUGUUUAUGAUAAUAACUGGAAAAUUGUUUGCAAACUGAAUGAUCUGCAAGGCCAUGCCAUUUAGCUUGAAUCACAGCAGCUCUAUUAAAACCAUCUUGAUCAAUGAAUCAUGGCAACUCUGUAAUUUGAGGCAGUCUCUAUUUUUGAAUGACAGCAGCUCUAUUAAAACCAUCUUGAUCAAUGAAUCAUGGCACUCUGUAUUGAGGCAGUCUCUAUUUUUGAAUCACAGCAGCUCUAUUAAAACCGUCUUGAUCAAUGAAUCAUGGCAACUCUGUAUUGAGGCAGUCUCUAUUUUUGAAUCACAGCAGCUCUAUUAAAACAGUCUUGAUCAAUGAAUCAUGGCAGCUCUGUAAUUUGAGGCAGUCUCUGUUUUUGAAUCACAACAACUGUCAAGAGCUUUAUGAAGAAAGGCAGUGGAGAAAUUCUUUAUCUUUGCAUUCUGCUGUUCUUUUAUUUUUUGUUUUUGUCAUUUUCUUUAUAUAGUAACAGAGAAAAUGUCAAAGACGUUCAAGUUCAGCUUCAAGCUAGAUAACAAACACUAUCAGUUAAGUGAUCCAGGGCCAUCGUGGCCCUUUUGUUCUGUUUCAGUUAAGUUACAGCUGUUAUAUUCAAGUGGAAUAAGCUGGGUACAUAAAUUGAGUUUUGUUCUUUGUGUUAUUGUUUUCAUUUUCUGACAUACUUUAUAUACUCUGUAUCUGUUUUUUAUGCUUUUCUUAAAUUUUGCAGAGCUUUUGUUUUAUUUUUUUGCCCAUACUGUUUAAGUUUAUUAAGAACAAUUCUGCUUCACUUAAUAGAAGUUAUAAUUAGUUGCAGAUAAACAUUUCAGUUUUCUUUUAUGAAUGGCUGUUAGCAUCAUUCUGUACAGUCAGAUCAAGAUCUGCACUGUUUGCCAUUCAGUCAGUAUCAUUUUGGUAAGCACCCCUUUUAACAGUUAAUGGCACUGUCAAAAUUGGAAGAUGGACAAGUUCAUUAUAGAAAUUAGCAGGGUAAGGGUUAAAAGAAUGUUUACAGUGUAAUCAUCAUCUUUAUGAGCACAAAACAUUUCCAUUUUGGCAAAAACAGCUGGGGGUAUGAAUUGGUGUUAUUUGAAUAUUAAAGAUAGGGUAUAUGGGAAAUUUACUUCUUCUCUGGUAUUAAAUUUUUUGUGGACGGUUUCAAUCAUGAAAUCCGCAAAAAGUAAUCCUUCACAAGUAUUAAUGAUUUUACUACUAAUUAUUCAUCAUCUUCAAAGACUGUGUGAUCAGAUAGUUAUAGACUGUAAACUUUUUUGCUCUUUUAUGAACUGAGGAAGUGGACCUGUAAAGACACGUGGCAAAUUUCAGUUUUGUAUUUUGUAAGUUGUGUAGGCAUUAAAUGCAUUUAUGUCUGAAAAUUGUGUAAUUGCUUAAAGAAGGUACAUAAUCAGUGGGAAAUUGGCAAUUGCAGUGUGUCCUUACAGAUCCCCUACCUUAACUGAGUUUUAGAGGCAGACCAUUGCAAAAAAUUUAUGUAAGCAUUCUGUUGUUUUCUCUGAUUGUGUUUUAAUAAAUAUGAAAAAAGAUCAGAGCAGUAUUAAAUCACCAUAAAGUUACCACCUAUCAAGAUCAGCCAUGAUGAAAUAUUACUGAUUAACAAGAUUUCAAAUUUAAAUAAGAUUCUUUAAUCCUUUGUAUGAAAGUUUUAUAUAUUGUUUGUUGACAUUUUCUGUGUAUCCGGCAAGCUACAUAGUUAAUUCCAUAUUAUUAUGUUGAAGCAACAAUUUGACAAUGUGUGGGACACUGUCCACCAAAUAUUGAAGGGUGAAGGACUUCCUACUCUCAGUAGUUCUUUGUGUCUUCUUGAGAAUGUCUAGCAUGAUGAUUUGAGCAGAGGCAUGUCUCCACUUUUGGUUCAUGUGGACAGGUUGUUUGUUUCAGAAUAUGUUGGAAAUCCAUUAACUCAGUUUUAUUAACCGCUAUUCUCGAGUAAAAAUGUUUUUUUUGGUAACAUUAACAGUUUCAGGUUAAUUUGUUUCCCUCAUUUAUAUUUUAUUAAUUUUUUUGUAUCAGUCUGAAUCAAGCUGAAGCAUUAGUUGUUAUGAAAGCCUUUUAUGUUUCAUUUAUAUUUGAUUUUUAUGCUAAUGAUAGCAUAGGUUAAUAAAAUAUUCCUGCUGUAACUGUUACAAUAUGAUUGAAGUGAACUGUAAUCAUGUUCAUUUGCCUUAAUGUUUAAAAACAAGCCUUGGGCCUCUAUGGCUGACUAAUUAAAGUAAAUGAUUCUCCUCAGCACUAUGGAUUAGAAAAGCAAACUAUGUAGAAUUGUCUCAUUUAAGGAAGUCAUGCAGAUGGCUGCCGGAGGUCAGUAGUUUUACUCAGUUGACCGUCUUAAGCUAAAAUUAUGUCCGACAAGCACCUUGGGUCUUCCUCCACUGUUCAAGGCUUGAAAGUCUCCAAACCUCAAAUUGUAUCGAUGUUGCUUAAAAUAUGAACAAAAAUAGAUAUGAAUGCAGUGUUUCCAAGUUUUCAUCCAUACUAUAUAAAUUUGGUAAAUAGGUGAUUGCAAGUCUGUAUCACCAAGAAUUUCUAUCCAUAUUACAUGUAUUACGAUGAUCUAAAUUCACUUCUUUGGUUUUUCUGUUAUAUAUAUUAUAAAUGGUAAACAAACCCAUGUAACUAUGGAAGUAUUUUAAUAUUUUUCAGGAACUUUUUCUAUUGUAUCACUUCUGUAUUAUUUUUAUUGUCAGUAUACCUUCACUGUAAGUGUAUGAUGAAUUGUUUAGAAAUGCAAAAAUGUAUAUCAGAAAAUGUGAUAUACCGCCUGAUUAUAAGACGUGAUUUGACAAUAAAUGUGUAAAACUUU